GUUAUCACAAAAAGUACUAAUUAGUAAUCAAAAAGUGAUUUUUUUACAAAUUUUUCUACGUUUUAAAAUUAUUUUUACUUAAAAAACCUCACGUUACAUUUUCUAUUCGUUCACCUAAAGUUGAACUUUCAUCGAAAUCGUUUUAGCCCAAUCAAGUAUUAUCUUUAUGCUUAAACGUAAUCAGUGAAAAAAUCCCUAGGCUGUUUUCAAUGAUAUCCCUGAGCUUCAAAGUUUUAUAAAAAUGGGUAUAUUUUUUUCCAAGAAAGAGAAACCAUCGAGAGUUUCAGAGAAUGACUUAGCAGUCUUGAGACUCAAAACACAAAGAGAUAAUCUAAGCAAGUACCAAAAAAGAAUCGAAACCAACUUAGAACAAGAGCGCAAUUUAGCUAAGCAAUUAUUAACCGAAGGCAAACAUGAUCGUGCUAAAGUUUUACUUCGAAAGAAACGUUACCAAGAACAACUGCUCAAAGAAACAGAUGGCCAGAUUGAGAACAUAGCUAAACUUAUUGGUGAUUUAGAGAAGGCUCAAAUCGAUGCCAAGGUUAUUGAAACGAUGGAAAUAGGAAACACAGCGUUGAAAAAGAUGAACGCUAUGUUUAAUAUCGAAGAUAUCGAAAGGAUAAUGGACGAAACUAGAGAAGGAAUCGAUAAACAAAACGAAAUAAACGAGCUUUUGAGUGGUGCUCUUAAUGAAGAAGACGAAGACGCUGUCGAAGCUGAAUUCGAAGCAUUAAUCGGUCGUGAAUCCAUUCCAGAAAAAUUGCCAGAUGUUCCAACCGAUGAACUUGUUGCUGAAAAAUCAAAAGAGGCGAAGAAAAAGAAAACCAAGGAACCCGAAGCUGAAAUGUUGGCUGCGUGAUUAAUCAAUUAUUUAUAAGUUUAAAAAGUCAUUUUAAUAAGCUUGUGUUUUAUAUUUUGUAAUCGAUUGUAAUAUAUGUUUGUAGGUAUUUUUUUCGGAUAAUGCAUUUUUAAAUACCCUUUCUGUAAAUCAAUACGGUAUUAAUCAUUUAUAAAAAAUGUCCUUUCUGAA